AUUUCAUCGAUGACAUGUUGUAUUAAUGCACCUUCCUUGUGUGGUACAACACAUACUUGAUUCUUUAUUUGCUUUUGAAGACUGUCGUCAAAGAGUCAAAAUGCAACUGUUACAGAUAUUACUUAUUAUUGAAAUUGUAGUGUUUUUUGGAUACGGUUCCUCUGGAAUGCUAGAAGACAAAUGCCUUUUAAUUGGAUCAAUUAACCCUACCUCGCUAAUCAUUGUGAAAGAAUUCCCUAAAGGUCCGGCGGGUUCAUUUAGUAACGCUACUCGUACAAUUGCCGAUACCAACCUAUUAAUCUACAGCAUAGCAUCUGAUCCAAAGAAAAAUGUCGUUUUCCUAGCCAUAUUGGAUACAAUUUUCAUUUACCACAAUUUUUCAAUUCAUCGACACACUUCAAAAGGAUUGUUAACUCAGCACAGAAGCAAAUCUGCAGCACUUGGACAGAUUGCAUUUGACUUUGUAUCCAGUAAUUUGUAUUGGUGCGAUUCCAUGCUAAACUGGAUUGCCAUGAAACCAGCGUACAAUAUCAGCAUCACGAAUUAUAAAGUAAUAGUUGAGAAAGAGUUAUUGCAACCCGAAGGAUUGGCUUUAGAUCCAGAAGACAGAUUAAUGUUCUUUUCUGACAAUGAACCAAAUGCUCGAAUCGAAAAGUCUUCAUUGGAUGGUGAGAACAGAGUGACCAUUGUAUACAAAGGACUGUCCAGAGUGCUCACCCUCACUGUUGACACUGCGGGGGAUAAAUUAUAUUGGUCAGACUUUUCUAGAGAGACUCUGGAGAGCAGUAAUUACGACGGCUCGGAAAGAAUAGUGAUCAGACGAGAGAACCAUGUAGCAGUGUCAGGAUUGGUCUACUAUCAGAAUAUGGUGCAUGCAGUUAGCUUUAAAGCUAAAAGGUUUUAUGCAGUUGAUAAAACCACUGGUUCUUUAAUUUACGCCAAAGAGUUUUCUUCAAGGCAACCUUUUGCGAUUAAUGCAUAUGAUGCCGAGUCUCAGAGAUAUUCAUACAAUCCUUGUUCAUCUCUUAACUGUCAUCAUAUGUGUGUAAAUACGCAAUCAGGACCAAAAUGUCUGUGCUCUGAAGGUUUUCAACUUGAUAGGAAUAACAAAACCUGUUCAGACAACACCCCCUUUUAUAAAAGGGGUUUUCUUGUGAGCAAUGCAUCCAUGAUCGUUAUGCAUGAUAUACACUCGACCAGUGGGAUACCAAGUAAAUAUUUGAAAACAAAUAUUUUAAGCAACAACAUUGAGACAUUUGCUGUUGACGCAAAGUCAGAUAUCAUCUACUUCGUCGACAGUGAAAGCACUUCACUUAAGAAAUACAACAUUAUAACACAACGUACAAGCACUUUAGCAUCGAUAUCAUCUGCAAGAGACUUGACUUUUGACUGGAUUGCAAAUCUUCUCGGAUGGAUAGAACCCAAGCAGUCAACUAUACAGUCUUUCUCAGUCAACUCUCAGAUAGCAGUUACCAUUUACUCCAACUUGCAAAACCCGUCAUCGCUAACCGUAGAUCCUUAUAAUGGUGUCCUCUAUUGGAUUUCGGGAACGUCUAAAAGGUCAAUAGUUCGUGGAUCCUGGACUAGAGAUAAACCAAAGGUUUUGGUAUCGGCGGAUAGUCUAAACAACCCACGUUCUCUUCAAUAUGAUGUCACAAGUGAAAGAAUAUACUGGCUAGAUCGCAGAACGAUCAAAAGUUCAAUGAAAAUGGGCUCUGAUAUAAAAAAUCAUAUUGGAACUGAUGAAGCUACGAAGUCUUUAGUAUAUAAGGACUACUUUUGUUGGAUAAAUGGAGAUAAACUCUACUUUGCAAGAGAUCUGCAUUCCAAAGAAGCAGACUGGGCAUUAAACACAACUCAGAACUCAAAAGAUGUCUCUGUGUUCGAUGCUUCCCUGCAACAUAAAAGACAAGGUUCCUGCAAUGUAUUGAAUGGAGGUUGUGGAGAAAUAUGUGUUCCAGGUGAAAAAGGUCGAACAUGUGAAUGCGAUAUCGGUCUUCAACUUCAGCCUGAUCAAAGCUGUGACAGUGAUGUGUUCACGUCAAAUUUUAUUGCAGUAAUGGACUAUACACAUCAAAGAAUUCUACAAAUUGACCUUAAGACUGGGGCAGUAGUGAAAUUACCUUUAUCAAUAAGCAUAUCUACAGGACUAGCGUUUGAUAAAUCAACAAAGACUCUUUUCUUUUCCAGUAUAAAUCGAAGUAUAAUGUCAACUUCGUUACACGGAAAGAAUACAAUGUUAUUCUGCACAAUAGGUGUUUCGUAUGCUGCCAGUCUAGCCAUCGACUAUUCCACGGGUAAUCUGUACUACACUGUAGGACGUAACAAAUCUCAGGAUUACAUUGGAGUGGUUCAAAGAUCUACAUCAAUACAAAAGACUCUGAUUAACAAUCUGAGCGAACCAAGGCAUAUUGUUCUCUUUUCUUCAAAAGGAUACAUAUUUUGGACAGAAAUGGGAAACAGGAUUGCUAUUGGUAGAACACAUAUGGACGGAACUUCAAAAACCUACAUUGUAACAACAGGAAUAAAAUUUCCUAAUGGCCUAGCUAUUGAUUACUCCUCAAGCCGUUUGUAUUGGACAGAUUUGCGAACAAACACGAUAGAAUAUUCCGACCCUAACGGGGGUAAUCGCCGUCUUCUUGCAACUGACCGUGAUGCUUUUUUGUAUGACAUUGCGAUUCAUGGACAAUAUCUCUACUACACGGCAUGGAACCGAGAACUCAUUACUAAAAUGGAUAAAGUAACGGGAUCUAAGAUACCUUUCAUGUCAGAACAUCAAGAGUUUGGACGACUGGACAGCUUAGAUAUCUAUGCAGAUGAAAAUCGGGACGUAAGUUUAAGCUGUUCAAUAAACAAUGGAUUAUGCAGUACAUUCUGUUUUCCGACCCCAAACGGAAGAACAUGUGGUUGCCAGGAUAAUGUUAAGCUCCAAUCGGAUCAGUUAACAUGUGAAGGGGUGUUUCGGUGUCAAACUCUGCUACAGAAUUUAACCUUGAUUGAUUGCCUCUUGCCCUAUCCUGGACUGUCUUGUCACUUCAAUUGUAAUGCCGGAUAUGAACCUGCUGUCAACACCACUGUUUUAUGUGGCUCUGAAGGGCAAUGGAUGCCCUCAACAGACACCUUGUGUAAAGAGAUUAGAAAAACGGAAAUAACCUACACGUAUUUGUACGUCGCAUCCGCAACAGGUGCCUUUGUUGCUGUCAUGGUAAUGAUUGGAAUCAUCUGCCUUGUAAAAAGACAAUUCAGAUCUAGAGAAUCACAUGACGGAACUUCAUCAAAUGCAGUGAACAACCAGUACAUAUCUUACGAUAGCCAAGGAUAUUUGCAUCCAGGAACUAAGAAUCACUAUCAUUCCAUCGUAUCUGUGUAUAACAUAAUUCAUGAUGAAGAUCUAGAUGACGAGUCUGUGACAAACCCAUACCUUACCCCAGUAUAUGAAGCAUGAGUGCAUCUGAACUGUAGCAGUUACAGGAGGCGGAAGGAAUAACAAUGACAACAUUAAUAACCAUUUGUAACUUUGGGUUUAUAUUAAGCAACAGUGGAACAGAACCAUAUUGACUCAAUUUUUAUCCAGAAUAUAAAAUGCAUGUUUUUUUUUCAAUAUAUCUUGUUUUCUUAUUGUCGUAGUUAAUUUUAUCUUUAAAACAUGCAUUUAAAAGAGAAAUAUUUUACAUUUUAAGACAUCUUUAUCCAAGAAGUAUAUCUUUCGUAAUGUUAUAAAAAAGAACGUAAGAGAUAAACAUUGAACAAAAGUCCACUUCUCGAGUAAUAUUUUUUUUUCAUGAGAGGAAUAACCCGAACAAAAUACACUUAAAAAUUAUAAUAAUAUUUCUCUUUUCGUGCGCAGAUGAAAAAAAAACACCUUUGUUUAGUCCAUUUCAGUUAUUCAAAGCGCCUAGUAUUUGAUAUAUGUCAUUCAUGUUUUUGUUUUGUUAACUGUAGUAUCAACUUUUUAUUUGUGAAAAUUUAUAUCAGAAGAAGAGGCAUUUACCAAUUUAGCUCUUUUACCCCUACAAUAAACAAACAGCAUUCAAAUAUACAACUAUAGAAUUAUAAGUACAUAGUUAAAUACCAGUUUACAAACUCUGCAUUAAACCUUGUUCUAUUAAUUUUUGAUUAGUUAAUAAUAUACAUUUAAUAAACUGUUCUGAUGAGUGGGAGAAAAAUCCAAAUAUAUAUACUCGAAAAAAAGCCGAUAAAAACUGUGAAAAUGCUCAAUGGUGAAAAAAAUAAGUAAAAAGUUAUUUUUACAUUAUUUGUGUAUAACUCUUACACAUUCUGUGGGGGUUUCGUUAACUUUUUUUUUACAAAAACAAAACGAAAAAGAGUAGAAUAUCUGUAAAAAGUUUGUCAAAAGAAUAAACAACUUCAUCUGACAUUUAGGGGUUUUAUAACUGUAAAGGAAAAGACAUAUAGUAAAAAAAAAGAACAAACUUUUGAUUUUUGACCAAAUGUGAACAAAUUAGACGUUAAGUUACAUAGUGUCAAAUUAAAUUGUAUGAUGAAGAGCACAACAGAAAAAAAGGUGAUAUAAAGAUUUGACUUUCUGUUAAUUGUACGUGUGUCUCCUUGACAUCGUGUUUUCAAAGUUACCGUGCGCUGUGGUGACAAAACAUAUUGAUUUUAAAAUCGGGUGACUAAAAUACCUUUUCAUUAAAUGGAAUGAAACUUCGUAUAUCAAUUAAAUAUGUUUUGUUGCAUAACAUUAUCUGCAAGUUAUGACUAUAUAU